ACGCCUGGACCCGAAACUGCCACUGCAACAGCCUAUCUGGAGUGCUUUCUGCGUCACGCGGCAGGUAGCGCCAUUCUGCCCUUCUUACUACGAUUCCUCCUAUCUGACUGUAACUCCGAAGCAUCGCCCGUUAGUGGCGGCGGUGUUUGUCCCUGGAGCGAGGAUCUUUUCCGCCAGAACACCGUUCUGGAGCGCUCCUUCUCCAAUGACGGCGGCGCUUUCAGCGGUCCCUCAUUAGGACGACUGCGGACUUCACUUUCUGUCCACCAGCCGAGCACCUACAUGGAUGUCUUUUUGCGACGACUACACUUCUGCGAUACCUUGGUAUGUUUGGCUUUAUAUGAAAGUGUGUUUGUUUUAAAUUUACCGGAGGCAGAACAUUUGUCUCCCGCUACCUUCCGCAAUUAG